CACACAUCUAGAACAGACAUUGCAGAGCUUCAGUCAUACGCACCAUGAAGACCUUUACCUUGAUAACUGCUUUAAGUCUCUGCAGCAUUAGCUGGAUCUCUGUCUCAGUGUCUGAGUCUCAGGUUGUGGAGGUCCAGUCUGGUCAAGAAGUCACACUGCAGUGCUCCAAUAUAUUAAAAUCUGAGUCUGUAACUUUCUGGCUGAGACUUGUCAACAGAACCAAGAUCUACUGUAUCUUUGUUAAGAUCAGGUCUGACAGCGAAGCUGAAUUCUGUGAUGGUGUUCAGAAGGGAAAAUUUGAAAUGAGCUCCAACAUCUCUACUGUCUCUCUGAACAUCAAACAAGUGGAUUCAUCAGACUCUGGACUGUAUUUCUGUGCAUUCUUCACAAGUGGACGUCUACUUUUCAGUGAGACACAUUUAAAAGUUAAAGGCAGUGAUGAUGGAUCACAUGAUGACGUGGACGACACAUCUAAAAAAUGUGAGUGUGAGUCUGAUGGAAUAACAAAGUUGACGAGUGUGAUCCUGGCUGGUCUGACUGUUUUCCUUGUAAUGGUCAUCAUUGGUCUGCUGGUUAAAAUCAGGAAACUUAAGACAGCUGCCACUGAAGGGCAGAAUUCACUAGUGAACAAGAAUCUGGACUCUGAUCAGCUGAAGGACACAGCACUGACUUUGUAUUCAACAACAAUAAGAAGCAGGAGGCCUGCAUCACAGAGAGAAGUGGACACUCAUGUUAUUUAUGCUGCCAGCAGACAGACAAGAAGAAACAACAGCAACAGCUCAGAGUGAAACUAAUGCUUCAUUAAUCUGCUGCUGGAGUAUUGUGAGGGUAGCGAUACACACCAUCAACUUAUC